GUUCUGACCUCAACCUUGACGUGGUGCAAACAUUGCAGUGGCGCUCAGCUGCGGCAGUUCUGGUAAUCGAUUCCAAAGCGGCCCCUGUGUGCACACAUCAGCUGCGCCCUUGCUCGUGGGUGUGUGUGGGGGGGGGGGGGGAGUGAACCAAGAAGCAAGGGAAGAAUCCACGCACAUCCACUUCUGUUGCAGAACCACAGAAAAGAAAAGAGCAGCUUUAAAAGACAUCAUGGCUAUCCCCAAGCCGCGCGGCAUCGUCCGGGAGGCUUCCCACCAGAUCAUUGCGGGUGGUUCGGCAGGACUGGUGGAGAUCUGCUUGAUGCAUCCUCUUGAUGUGGUGAAAACCAGGUUCCAGAUCCAGAGAGGAACCAGUGACCCCACCAGCUACAAGAGCCUGGGGGACUGCUUCCGGACCAUUUUCCGCAACGAAGGAAUCUUCGGCUUCUACAAGGGGAUUCUACCCCCCAUCCUGGCUGAGACGCCAAAGAGGGCCGUCAAGUUUUUCACCUUCGAGCAGUACAAGAAGUUGCUGAAUUUGACCCCUUUGUCUCCGGGCCUGGCGCUGUCUGCAGCGGGACUGGGCGCCGGCCUGACGGAGGCCGUGGUGGUCAACCCGUUCGAGGUGGUGAAAGUCAGCCUUCAAGCCAACCGAGACUCCUUCAAAGUGCAACCGUCCUCGUUCGCUCAGGCCAGACUCAUCAUCAAGUCGGACGGCUUCGGGCUGAAGGGUCUGAAUAAAGGACUGACGUCAACGCUGGGACGCCAUGGAGUUUUCAACAUGAUCUAUUUUGGCUUCUACUUCAACGUUAAAGAUGCCAUUCCCGCUAACCCGGAUCCGACGCUGGAGUUCCUGAGGAAGUUCACCAUCGGCCUGGUGUCGGGAACCAUCUCUUCCUGCGUCAACAUUCCCUUCGACGUGGCCAAAAGUCGGAUCCAGGGCCCUCAGCCGGUCCCCGGAGAGAUCAAGUACCGCACCUGCUUCCAGACCAUGGCUCUGGUCUACCGGGAGGAAGGGUACUUGGCGCUGUACAAGGGGUUGGUGCCAAAGAUCAUGAGGCUCGGACCAGGGGGCGCUGUUAUGCUGCUGGUCUACGAGUAUGUGUCCAAAUGGCUGCAGAGGAACUGGUAAAAACCCCCCUGGGAUGGUCCAUCUGUAGGGCGUAAUACCCUAAUACCUGAAGAAAGUGCCUUUAUGAAGUAUCUUAGCGAGUAUACAUACAAAUGCAAUAUAAUGUGAAUGCAGUUUUUGUUUUUUUUGAAAUACCAAAUUUUGUAGUUUUUUUAACCACCAUGCAGUAUUUUAAAGUGUAAGUUCUCAGGUAAGUAAGUACACUUCCAAAGAAUACAUCUCAUCAGCAAAUCAGUGUAGAAGUAGAAGUACGUAUGCAUACAGUACAUGUACUGUAGGGGUGUCCAAAGUGCGGCUCGGGGGCAUUUUUGGCCCAUAGUUUUUUUUUUUUUGUUUUUUUUUAAUGGACACAAUUUUACAAGAAAUCUGAAAAAAUGAUUUAGGGGUGUCCAAAUUGCGGUUCAGGGGCAUUGGGGGCCCAUAGCUUUUUUUUUUUUUUUUUUUUUUUUUAAUAGACCCAAUUUUACAAGAAAUCUGAAAAAAUGAUUUAGGGGUGUCCAAAGUGCGGCUCAGGAACAUUUGGGGCCCAUACCUUUUUUUUUUUUUUAUAGACCCAAUUUUACAAGAAAUCUGAAAAAAAAAGAUUUAGGGGUGUCCAAAGUGCGGCUCAGGGACAUUUGGGGCCCAUAGGUUGUUUUUUUUUUUUUUUUUUUUUAAUAGACCCAAUUUUACAAGAAAUUUGAAAAAAAGAUUUAGGGGUGUCCAAAGUGCGGCUCAGGGGCAUUUGGGGCCCACAGGUUUUUUUUUUUUUUUUAAUGGACCAAAUUUUACAAGAAAUUUGGAAGAAAAAAAAAAGCUUUAGGGGUGCAAAGUGCGGCUCAGGGGCAUUUGGGGCCCACAGCUUUUUUUUUUUUUUUUUUUUUUUAGUGGAUCCAAUUUUACAAAAAACACAACAAAAUAAAAUCCAAAGAAUAAUAGAAAAAACAUUUAAAAAUUAAGUUGUAUUCUUUUUGUGGCCCCCGCUAGAAGUAGAAGUACGUAUGCAUACAGUACAUGUACUGUAGGGGUGUCCAAAGUGUGGCUCAGGGGUAUUUGUAGCCCAUGGCUUUUUUUUUUUUUUUUUAAUGGACCCAAUUUUACAAGAAAUCUGAAAAAACCCAACAAAAUAAAAUUCAAAGAAUAAUAGAAAAAAAUUAGAAAAAUUAAGUUGUGGCUCCCGCUAUGUGCCCCCCCCUCCCUACCCACCACCCCCAAACACACACACACAUUUGGACACCCCUGCCCUGGCGUGUUUGCACCGCCACUUGUAUGACCUGUCAAUCAUGUAUGACGCGAAGUCGACCACAGCCCUGCCUCGCCAUGGGGGCGGAGUCAACACCCCAAAAGCCUUGGUCUGUUUGUGCCAACUGUGACUAGAAAUAACUUGGAACCAUUUUUUUUCCAGAAUUUUUGUUUUUUACUUAAACUAACAUUUGCCUAUGCAUCUCUUGGAAAAAAAAAUUUUUUAAUGAACUUUUAAUCAUGUUUGUUUUUCAAUUUUUCAUUAUUUUUCCGUGCCGUGUUUUACCUUCUCUGUCAAAAUUUUUGGAUUUUUGGCUCUUCUUUUAAAAAUUCUGUCGGUUUUAAUCAUUUUUUAAUUGAAUUCUCUUCCUUUCUGUGCCAUAUUUGGAGUCAGAAAUGUACAACAGAAAUUAGUUGGGAACUGAUAUUUUCCUGAAACUUAUGCCUAUGUUCUACUGCUGAUUACUAAAGAAGGCAAAAAAUGUAGAAACAAGCUUUUCUGUCAAAAUUGUCAAAAUUGUCUGAAAUUGUCUUUUGAAAAAUGGCUGACAUUGAAUAUGUUAAGUGUUUCUAAUGCAAUCUGUAUUUUUUUUUAUUUUUUUUUUUUGCCACAUUGACCUUGCAUCGUCUGGAAUUUAGCUUCAAAAAUGGCCACGACAUUU